AUGGCUUCUGCAGUAUUCUUCCACUCACUGCUUGGCGUACCGCCUUCAACGGCAUCCACGACCGACAGAACCUCCUGUGCGCGACAGGAUACAGGAAGGUUGUUCUGA